AUGCCUGGCGAACCAGGAAUUGAUGGAUAUGAUAUUGAACUUGGGCCUGAACAAGAACAGAGCUGCGCAAUCUGUCCAGCUGGACCCCCUGGGAUGAGAGGAAGUCAAGGCGAAAGAGGACAGACAGGAAUUGUUGGAAUGGUAGGGGAGAGUGGGACAGAUGCCGAAGCAGGAAAAGAAGGCCCUAGAGGAGAUGCAGGUCCCCCAGGCAAACAAGGGCCAAAAGGAAAGAAUGGAUACCCUGGAAGUGUUGGGGAUAAUGUUAUAGCAGGAAUAGGACAGAAAGGACCAAAAGGCCCUCCUGGCCCUGCUGGUUCAAUGGGAAUGGUUGGAAUGGCAGGAAAAUCGAAUAUGAGACAAGGCUUUCCAGGCGUAGCAGGAAGUGUAGGUCAACAAGGGCCACAGGGGCAAAGUGGUGCUGAAGGAGCACAAGGAUUAAUGGGACUUGUGGGGGAGCCUGGAAUGCCUUCAAUGUAUUGUCCAACAGAUUGUGGUGUUUCACACAUAAAAGUACCAGAAUUUGAAAAAACUGUUGGGUAUAAUACAAAAGAAGAAAUAAAUAAAAAUAAUAUUAAAAAGAAGACAACAAAAAAGAGAAAUAAUAAUAAAGUUUUGGGGACUAACAACUAUAAAAUUGAAAAAAAUGUGGGAAGAAAAAGAGUUAAGAUAGUUGAAGAAAGACAUCCUAAUGGGGGAUAUAAUGCUCAACGUGCUUAA